AUGUCAUCAGAGCACUCUCGCUCUGCCUCACGAUCAUCAACACGAGUCUCCCACGAUUCCACCACUCGCCCCUCCGGUCGCAACUCUCGCGUCUCCAACCCCAAUGUCUUUGCCGAUGAAUACUCGUUAGAACCCAUUGAGUCCGACCGCAUCGAACGCCCCCAUAGUCCCGCGUCCAUCACCUCCUCGGCCACCCUGCGUGAAACCAACCCCAAAACCGUCAGUACUGCAACGACCGAGAAUGAGAAUCCCUUUGGGGAUGAUGCCCGGGUGUCAUUCGAUGAACCCCAUCGGUCCAGUCUGCCCCAAAAGGGGCAUUUCGCCAACCGGAAUUCGACCAACUCUCUCGCCUCAACCCCUUCCAUGAUUCAACGAAACCAAAGCGUCUCCUCCCGCUUUUCCAUCCCCCGUGCCCUCAGCCCUUACACCGGAGCCACCGGACCCAGCCAUCCCUAUGGCAUGUACCCACAGGUCGGCGUCAGCCGGUCGCCCAGCGUGGGAAGCACAUCGACAAUACGCCCGGUGGAACGUCCGAUCGAGGAAUCAACCGGUCCCCAGCAUCCCUAUGCGAUGUACUCGCAGAACGUCGUGGAGGAAGGAAUGGAUGACGAUAUUAUCCCGGUCGGGUUCCCCGGCCACAACCCACCGUAUCAACCGCCCGCUGGCCGCCAGGAUGAGGACGUGGGGGAUAUCAUUGGACCCGAUGGCCACACCGAACCGCUACCCCCGUACUCACGAUACCCAACGGGCGUCAUCCCCAAGCCCCCCGGCGCGGAGGCGGAGACGAUGGCGGACCUCAACACGCCACCCGAGGAACAUCGUCUCAACAACGAAAGCCCACGGGCGCUCCCAGUUUCGGAAACAUCCUCACGGGCAUUGGUGCCCGAACAAUCUGCUGGCGGAAACGAUGAUGGAAACGAGGAACGGGCCCCUCCUGUGGCGACCACAGGCAUCAUGGCAUUCGAGGAGAAGCUCAAACGAAAGGGAAAGCAGACCGCGUGCUGCGGUCUCCCGGUUUGGACCUUGGUUCUCAUUGCGACAGUCAUGCUCAUCGGAGGAUGCAUUGGAGGUGUCAUUGGCGGUGUCCUGGGCACUAAGCGAGCCGCCGAAGCCGCCAAGGAGGACCAGGAGGCUCAAAAGUCUCACGGUCCACCGAUUGUGACGGUCACCGCGUCUGCCCAGAUGGAUGCGUCCAUGAUCUCCACACCCACUAAUAUCAAGAGUAUUCCCACGGGCAACUUCAUGGUUCCAGCGAGCUACCAGAACGGCUCGGGACUCUGCGUGGACCAGACCGAGUACGGCAAACCCUGGAAGUGUCAACAAACACCAAGCGAAUUUGAAAUCUUUAUUGGCGAAUCCCGAGGCCAACAUUCGAUCGUUUUUGAUUACGGAGGUCCGACACCGACCUUCACCUAUGGCGCUCAGGCACCGUACUGGUCUUCCUCUCCCACUCAGGCACUCAGCAUGGCUGUUGAUACCACUGAUCUUGGGAUGGGUCCCGCUCUUUUCUUCAUCUCCCCCUUCGACAAAUUGGUCAUUGUCCCAGAGAGUGAUCUCAGUACCAGUUCUAUCACCAAGCGCGGGUGGGUCGAGGAUGGGUGGGCCCAGGCAGAGGCCUACAAGAACUUUAAGCAGACUGCCUCUGUCGGCGAUAAGCCCUGGUUCUGUUGGUGGAACAACACCAUGAUGGAGUUCUUCAUGUACGUCAACCAGUCCACCGCGGCCACCGCCAGCACCACCGCCUCCGUCGACAGCAACAUGGCGGCAAGCACCGCUGGCGUCCAAUCCAACGCCAAGCGCAGCUCUAUCGCCAACUACCCGCGGCGGAUCAAGAUGGAGGAGCGUCGUGACGACCCCAAGCGGGAAACGCCUUACUGCCAACAGAUGCAGAUCCGCAAUGACGGCGGUCUCGCGCUCCUGUCUGGCAAGCUCGUCAACAUCAAGGAGAAUGAGCCUACUCCCACCACCACCUACACCAACUACAACGGUGGCACCGCUCAGACAUACACCGCACAGGCAUCCUACGCCAGUGCGUGCUUCUGUCAAUCCCUGACAGACUAG